AUGCAAAGCUCGCCGCCUACGAUCUUCGUUGACUCUCUCCCCAAGGGCUCUAGCGUUACAUUCAAAGACUCUAUGUUCUUCACACAUAAUGGGCCUGGGGCAACUUUCCCAUCUGCUGAUCAAGUUCGAGUCAAGAGUGAAGCUGGCGAUCACGUCCUUGAUAGAAAGAAUACUGUUAUCUUCGAGUCACUUGGCUUGGUCGUCAAAUUUGGCAAAGAGCCUUGUGUCACUGUUGCGGAAGGCCAGUGCCUUUGGUGGUUAAGUCGACAUCUUCCAAGCGUCCCUUUGGUUGAAGGCGUGACCUUGGAGAAAAUAUGGGAAUCUUUGAAUAAAGAGGAUAAAACUGGGAUUUGCGAUCCAUUGCGAGACAUGGUAGUUGACCUACGUCAAGUAAAACGUGACUCAAAUGAUGAAUUUCUCGGACAAAUCAACCGCGGGCCGCUACAAGAUGUUGUAUUUGCCGAUGCGAUCCGACCAAGAGCAGGACCAUUCUCGUCGGUGAAAGAAUUCCAUGACUGGCUUUCUUUCUUGUUUAAACGGCUAGCUGCAAGUGGUUCCCACUGGGAAGGAUAUGAGCUCGAGGAUAUACCCGAUCCUUAUCGCCAGUUACUACAUGACGAUCGGGGAGUCGUUUUCACUCAUGCUGAUCUUCACCAGAGCAACAUAAUGGUCUCGGAAGGCUGGCCCUCUCGUGUUGUCGCCAUCAUAGACUGGCACCAGUCGGGAUGGUAUCCAGACUACUGGGAGUUUUACAAGGCUGAGUACACCAACCACUGGGAAUCCGAGUGGGUGUAGAAGUACAUCCCAAUGUUCUUAGACAAACCCAGAGCAACGUUGAGGGGAUUGAUAGCUACGUAGCCUCAUGGAGUUUUAUAUAUUAUGAGAACAGUGGCUACCUGGAAAAGCAAAACUGGGUCGCGGUUGUAAACAGUCUGAUUGAAGUAGAAUUGCGAC